AUGUCAGAAUUAUCCUUUAAAGACAAAGUUGUCAUUGUCACCGGUGCAGGUGGUGGUCUUGGAAAGUACUACUCCUUAGAAUUCGCGAAAAGAGGUGCCAAGGUCGUUGUAAAUGAUCUCGGUGGAUCUCUUCAAGGUGCAGGAGGAGACUCCAAGGCUGCAGACUUAGUUGUUAAGGAAAUUAAAGCCGCUGGCGGUGUUGCAGUUGCUGAUUACAACAACGUUUUAGACGGUGAUAAGAUCGUUGAGACUGCUGUCAAGAACUUCGGUACUGUUCACAUUGUUAUCAACAAUGCUGGUAUCUUGAGAGAUGCUCAAUUCAAGAACAUGCAAGAAAAGGACUACCAAUUGGUUAUUGAUGUCCAUCUUAAUGGUGCCUACAAGGUCACCAAGGCUGCUUGGGAAUAUUUCAGAAAGCAAAACUACGGUAGAGUCAUUAACACUUGUUCCCCAGCCGGUUUAUACGGUAACUUUGGUCAAGCCAACUACUCUGCUGCUAAAUUAGGUUUAGUCUCAUUUGCUGAAACUUUAGCUAAGGAAGGUGGCAAGUACAAUAUUCUUGCUAACACAAUUGCUCCAUUGGCUAAGAGUAGAAUGACUGAAAAGAUCUUACCACCUCACAUUUUGGAAAAGUUAUCUCCAGAGAAGAUUGCUCCAAUUGUCUUGUAUUUAACCCAUGAAUCCAACAAAUUAAGUGGUGAGACUUUUGAAGUUGCUGCUGGUUUUUACGCUCAAAUCAGAUGGCAAAGAUCUGGUGGUGCUCUUUUCAAGCCUGGAAAGACAUUCACUGCCGAAGCCGUUGCUAAGAGAUUUGACGAAAUUUUGAACUUCGAUGAUUCCAAGAAGCCAGAAUUGUUAAAGAACCAAACUCCUAUCAUGCUCAACGACUACACAUCAUUGGUUGAAGCCGCCAAGAAGGAACCAGAAUUUGAUGCCUCCGGUGUUGACAAGAUUUCCUUGAAAGAUAAGGUUGUCUUGAUUACCGGUGCAGGUGCUGGUUUAGGUAAGGACUAUGCUCUUUUCUUUGCCAGGUAUGGUGCCAAGGUCGUCGUUAAUGACUUUAAGGAUCCCUCUGCAGUCGUUGAAGAAAUCAAAAAGGCUGGUGGUGAAGCUCAUGGUGACACACAUGAUGUUGCAAGAGAAACUCAAGCCAUCAUUGAUAAUGUUUUACAAAAGUACGGAAAGCUUGAUAUCUUGAUUAAUAAUGCUGGUAUCUUAAGAGAUAAGUCUUUUGCUAAGAUGACCGAUGCUGACUGGGAUCAAGUCCAAAAAGUACACUUGAAUGGUACUUUUAACUUGUGUAGAUUAGCAUGGCCUGUCUUUUUAAAGCAAAAGUACGGUAGAAUUGUAAACAUCUCGUCAACUUCUGGUAUUUACGGUAACUUUGGUCAAACCAACUAUGGUAGUGCUAAGUUAGCCAUCUUAGGUUUGUCUAAGACAUUGGCCAUUGAAGGUGCCAGAAACAACAUUAAGGUUAACGUUGUUGCUCCACAUGCUGAAACUGCCAUGACUUUGACUAUUUUCAGAGAAGAAGAUAAGGGAAUUUUCCACCCUGAUCAAGUUGCACCAUUAUUGGUUUUCUUAUCAUCUGAACAAGUUCCAGUCACUGGUGAAUUAUUCGAAGCUGGUGGUGGUUGGAUCGGUAACACUAGGUGGCAGAGAGCUAAGGGUGCUGUCUCUCACGAGGAUCACAUUUCUGCUGAAUUUGUUAGAGACAAUAUUGAAGGUAUUACCGACUUCUCUAAGGCUUUCUAUCCUAAGAAUACCACUGAAUCUUCCAUGUUGAUUCUUUCUGCUGUUGAUCCAGACGAUGAUGAUGAUGAUGACGAAGAUGAAGAUGAUGACGAUGACGAUGAAGACGACGAAGAGGAAAAGAACCCAGUUGUUCACUACACUGACAGGGAUGUCAUUCUUUACAACCUUGCUCUUGGUGCCACAGCAAAGGAAUUGAAGUACACUUAUGAAAACGAUAGUGACUUCCAAGUUAUUCCAACUUUUGGUCACUUACCUACUUUCAACUCUGGUAGAGGUGCUUUAGCUUUCUCCACUUUGUUAAAGAACUUCAACCCAAUGUACCUUUUACAUGGUGAGCAUUACAUUAAGAUUGCUAAAUACCCAAUCCCAACUGAAGCUUUCAUGAAGUCUGAAUUCUACCCAAUUCAAGUCAACCAAAAGGGUACCAACACUGUUGUUGUGCAAGGUUCUAAGUCUGUUGACACAAAUUCCGGAGAAACUCUUUUCUUGAAUGAAGCCACUUACUUCAUUAGAAAGUGUGAAGGUGAAACCAAGAAAUACAGUGAAAGAAGCUCAUUUGCUACUGAUCAGUUCAUUGCUCCAAAGUCAACUCCAGAUUUUACUACUGAAAUUUUAGUUGAUGAAGAUAAGGCUGCAAUCUACAGAUUGUCUGGUGACAGAAACCCAUUACACAUUGACCCAGAAUUUGCUAAGGGUGCUGGAUUUGAUAAACCAAUCUUACACGGUAUGUGUACUUACGGUUUAGCUUGUAAGGUUUUGUUGGACAAGUAUGGUCCUAUCUCUGAGAUGAAGGCUAGAUUCACUGGUAUUGUUUUCCCUGGUGAAACUUUGAAGGUUGUUGCAUGGAAAAAGGGUGAUGUUGUUGUCUUCCAAGUUCAUGUCAAGGAAAGAGGCACUAUUGCAGUUAACAAUGCAGCUGUUAAGUUGUUCGGUGACAAGGCUAAAAUCUAG